UUAUCCAUUCAAAUCCGAAGUUCGAGUGCUGCGCUUCCUUGCUCUCUCUUACAAAGGAGAUCAUCAUCUCACUCGCAUCGACAAUCCGAUGCCACUGCAUUGAUCCAUUAUUUUGUUCUUCAUGUUUCUCGCAAUCCGCCUCUGAGAAAUCCGACAUUUCCCAGCCGUACCAAUUUCUAUGAACCUCGCUGGGGAACUACAGAUUUCACUCACACGGAUGACGAGUGAGUGAGAGAUUGUGGUGAGUAGGAGGAUUGUUUGUGGGGAGAAACUUGGAAGAAUGCAAAUGGCUGCCGGAUUGGUCACUCCGUUGUCGAAAAUUGGCGGUGUUUGCAAUUAUGGGUCUUCAAUUCGAGGCUCUCGGGUCGAAUUGGGGCAAUUCGCGGAGCUGGUGAGUGGCGUAAGAAGUACAGGGAGUGGAGGGUCAUGGCAGCCGGGAUUGGCAUGGGCUGCCAGCAAGCAAAAGAAGGGGAAGGCGAAGGAGAAGCGCAAGUCGUCGGGCGGAGGGCGAGCGAGAACCUCACAGUGGAAUUUCGACGCGUUAAUGUUGGUAUGGGAUGAUGCAUUUGAUAAAAAUUGCGAGGAUAGGGAGAGGGCGAGCACGAUACGAUCGGUGGCAAAUGGAGGAUUGGAGAGAUUCGGCUCAGGAUGUGUGUUAGUGCGAGAAACAGUGCGUACACUGCCCAGAGGAUCUGCUAGCGGUUUCAGCAGUCAUUCACGGCCGACCAGCAAAAACUUAGACGCGCCCCCAGCAUACGAAACCUUGACGUGGAUUGCUGAGUACGUUCCACGGACAUUUGUUCGUGAUCCUUCCCUGGCUCCGGAGACUAUUGGAUCAGCGGAUGAUUCAAAUGAAACAUCUGUGGUCGAUGUGACAAAUCAGGUGAUCGAAGACGUGCCUCUAGUAACCCGACAAACAAUCAUUCCAGUCCUACGAGGAAUGGAUCGGACUCGGAUUUUGGGUUUGACUGGCGACGACGUCAGUAGCAUACCUGUUGAGGGUGAGAUGGCUGAACCCAUAGCUCCUGACGCUGGUGGUGAGGAGCCUUACAAUCCUAGAAAUGAAGAGCUCGUUUUGAUGCUCAUAGUGGAAGUUGAUGGACAACGGGCUGUUGGAGCAGACGUUGUAAAAGCACUUCCAAUUACCGAAGAGAAUGGACAAGUAGAGUGGAAGCUAGAGAUGAGAGAUUUUCAUACCUUACCGAUUCCUGAGUAGGUAUAAUUCACAAUUUUACUUCCAAGGGUGAUUGCAUCAUGCCUUGAUCAUUAUUAUUUAAGCUUUCUGGCAACUAUGUUUGGCAAGGUUCUCUUGUAGUCAAGUACGAUCAUUCCACCAUAUCGAAGUACGAGUUUCUGUUGGUUCUACAUUCUAUGUAAUGACUGCCACUCAUCGUUACUUGAAAUUCUUACCGUAGCAUGAGCAA